AUGGCAGACUCUGAUGCGCAAGAGACUCGCCAACCUGCAAAAGACUCCCCGUUCUCCAUAAAGAACCUGCUGAACAUCGAAGACAAACCCACAAAACCCAAAAGCUUCCUCGGCUCGUCCAAAGGAUUGUUUGAGGGCAGCUUCUUCUCUCGGCUCGGGGAUUUGUCUUUCCCUCGGUUUGAGUUGCCGGCGCAGAGGAUUGGACUAUCGGCGCAGUACUUGGAGAGGGCGUCCACCUGGUGGUACCCAUACACUCUCGGGACUCAUCUGAGGACUGGAGGCUCUGAGAAGGCCAACCUGAGGGACGCGUCCCCGGCUCCGGACAGACGCUCCCCGGAUCAACAGAAGAGUGACCACGAUGGCAAAGAGGAGAGCGCCGACGACGACAUCGCGCUGGACGACAGCGACUCAGAAGAACCGAAGAAAGAGAGAGACCCGGAGGACGAGUGGAGGAGGAAAACGGACGAGCUGGACUCCGACAGGAAGCCCUGCAGGAAGAAGAAGACCCGCACGGUGUUCUCCAGGAGCCAGGUCUUCCAGCUGGAGUCCACCUUCGACAUGAAGCGCUACCUGAGCAGCUCGGAGAGGGCCGGCCUGGCCGCGUCGCUGCACCUGACGGAGACUCAGGUGAAGAUAUGGUUUCAAAAUCGGAGGAAUAAGUGGAAAAGGCAGCUGGCCGCGGAGCUGGAGGCGGCCAACCUGAGCCACGCGGCGGCGCAGAGGAUCGUGCGGGUCCCCAUCCUGUACCACGAGAGCGGGGCCCCAGAGCCGGCCGGGGGCCCCGCAGGACACUCACCGGGCAGCCAGUCGCUCCUGGCCUUCCCCCACCACAUGUACUAUUCCCACCCGGGCCCCCUGCUGAGGCCCGUGUAA